GGGAUAUAUAAAGUCUGUCAUCUCUCGCUCAUAUCAUAUCACAUCACAUCACAUCACAACUUAACAGACCAAUUCUAAGCAACUCACCUCCUUACUUCCACUCCAUAAAAGCUUCUAUUCAUCCUCCCACUUCAAGCUUCAAUCCUCAACUCGAUACACUUCACCUCGACGCACUCCAUCUCCAUACAUCCGCACAAAAUGUCUUCGUACACCUCAGAAACAAGCAGCACCUCCUCCCUCAUCACCCCAAAUCUUCCUCAAAAAUACGUCAAGACCUCCAUCGGCGGCGCAGGGAACUUCCUUCCUAUUCCAUCCACUGCCCCUCAAUCCCAAUCCUUUUCCACCAUCUCAUCACGUAGCUCCUCUUCGACGACAAGCAUGUUCCAUGCUGGUAUCGGAGGCUUCGGGAACAGACACAGCGUCGAAGAAAUGGCCCCACCACAACUAGAGCGAGCCACCCUCCGAAGCGAACGACAGAGCUACCAUGUUGGCAUUGGUGGAGCGGGAAACAGACGGUCUUCGAGACAAGAUGGGGUUGCAAAGGGGGAUGGGGGACGAAGUGGUGUGGACAUGAUGACGGAGAAGGUCUUUCGCUAUUUUCCGUGGUGAGGCAGAAGUUGGUGCUUGGGAGCGCUGGAGUUUGGUGUUUUCCUUGCAUACCCUGAGACGAGUUUUUGGGAUUGGGAGAGACUGGUUUUAUUUGUUGUUCCU